AGUGCAGACCUGUAGUAUCUCGUCUUUUCAUUGGCGGAUGGUGUUUGCCCUUCGACCAAUCCCUGAGUAUUUCAUUGGGGAAGUCGGACACACAUCACUUUGCAGUGCCGUUACCGGGAGCGUGCUCAAGGUUCUCUCUGUGGCACCAUGGGUGUGUUAUCCACGCUGAUGAGGGGUCUGGUCAGAGGAGCGGACAGGAUGUCUGAAUUCACAAGCAAGCGUGGGUCGAGGACUCAUAAUAAAGGCAGGGGAGCAAGGCCUACUGGACUGAAACUGUCCAGUGCAAAGUUUCUGUCCAUAAGGGCUAUGAUUCCCGAGUUCGUGGUGCCCAACUUGGAGGGCUUCAAGCUCAAACCCUACGUGUCGUAUCGUUGCCCCAGAGGAUCGGAGCCUCCACUCACAGCGCAGAGCUUGUUCGCUGAGGUCGUGGCCCCUCAGAUCAAGAGAGACUUUGAAGAGGGCACUUUCAGCACACAGCAGCUGGAGAAAUACGGAUUCGAGCCCACACAGGAGGGGAAGCUGUUCAAGCUCUAUCCCAAAAACUAUGUGCGUUAAAGAUGCACUCAGUGUGGUGUACUUCCACAGAGAGGCACAGACUGCUGAGUAACUGAAGACAACUGAUGUAAACACCAUCAGAAAAUGACUUUUCUGUUCUUUGACCCUGCUGCAGAGCUGUGUAUUGAUCAUUGUAAAUAUGUUUUACAGUCUGACUGAUCACUAACAGAAAGACCAAGUGUUCAAACCAAUAUUUGUCAUGUCACAAAAGAUCUGACAUGUGGACUUACAAUAAAAAUGAUUAAACUACAA